AUGUUCAGAUACAAUGGAUCUCAAGAAAGUGGACGAAGUAAUUCACACGGCCGAAAACAUCGUUCAAAAAUGGCUCUUACUAGACGUGCGAUGGGCAAUGGCAUCAAGAAAGGUGCCAGUAAAUCAGUUAACAUACCUCCAAGGCAAACCGAGGCAGUUCUUGACUCAUCAAGGCACGUUGUCUCGUACUCGUAUCAUCGAACACAUGCCGUUAUUGUCGAAUAUACACCCGACCCAUCGAAAGAUAUGUUCCAGGUUGGUCGUUCAUCCGAGGAACAAAUCGAUUUUACAAUUGUCGAUACAUGGCUAGCUGCUGGUUCAAAUAUUGUCCUUUCUCCAGCAGGCAACAGUUUGGCGGCGCAGCGUAUGCUUCGUACACCGAACGGAGUUGAUGUGAUAGGUCAACGACCAAUAUCGUCGACGAUCAGUCGAUAUGCUUGUCGAAUAAUAAUUGAUCGUGAUCAGCCGCAUACGGCACGCCUUUAUGCAGCCGGUUUCGACACCUCCAGAAAUAUUUUCCUUGGUAGGAGUGAAUUCUACAAGAUUUCCAGCCGGAAAGUUGUUUUUCUAUCGUACGACAAAGUCGAACAAAUAGUUAUUCAGGAAAAAGCAACAAAAUGGACGAAAAAGAACGGCGAAGUGGAUGGUCUGACGACAAAUGGAAUACUAAUCCUUAACCCGCAUGCAUUUAAGGAACGGGUUGGUAUUAGUCUUUCUUGUUAUCGACCGUUUUCAGUUUUGAAGCAUACAGAAAAGAAGUGUUACAAGUGUGAAGGAUGUUUCUUAUGUUAUGUCUCACUUGAUUCGAUACUUUCAACAAAUUUUAUUGUGAUGGUGUUGUUGGCUUACGAACUAUUCUAA